AUGUUGAUGGUACACAAUAAGUCUCUUAAAGACUUUCCUCCGAUGCCAACAUCUAACAUGGAUGAUUCAAGAUUGGUUGAUAACAUAUUGUUGUUUGAGGAGUUGAACUAUGAUUGUGAAACACUCCAAGUAGAGAGCAAAGAAUUGGCAUCAAGAUUGACUGAUGAGCAUAAAGAGAUCUACAACACAAUUAUCCAGGAUCUAUCUAAUGGCAGUGGUGAGUUGUUCUUCGUUUUUGGUUACGGUGGUACUGGGAAAACUUAUCUAUGGAGGGCAUUGUCAGCAACAUUGCGAGCUAGCGGUGAUAUUGUUAUUAAUGUGGCAUCCAGUGGCAUAGCAUCAUUGUUACUUCCUGGUGGUCGAACUGCUCAUUCAAGAUUUUCCAUCCCUAUUGCAAUAAACGAAGACUCCACAUGUAAUAUUAAACAAGGUAGCCAUCUAGCCGAAUUGAUUGUCCGGAGUAAAUUGAUUAUAUGGGACGAAGCUCCUAUGAUGCACAAACACUGUUUUGAAGCAUUGGAUAGGACGAUGAGAGAUUUGCUUCGAUUUCAAAAUCUGAAUAGUGCUAACCAAACAUUUGGUGGAAAGACAAUGGUGUUUGGUGGCGAUUUCUGGCAAAUAUUACCAAUUGUACCAAAAGGAUCUAGACAGGAUAUUGUUUCUGCAACAAUCAACUCAUCGUAUCUAUGGAACAGUUGUAAGGUUUUGAGGUUGACAAAAAACCUUCGAUUAAACCGGAGCAUGCCGGGGAUUGACAUGAAAAAACUAGAGGACUUUGCAGAUUGGAUUUCGAGUAUAGGUGAUGGAACUAUGGGUGGUCAAAGUGAUGGUCAUGCGGAGGUAGAGAUACCAAACGAACUGUUAUUACCAUCUAAUGGAGACCCAAUUAUCAACAUAGUUGCAAGUACGUUCCCUAUGUUCAUGUCUGGGAAUUCAGAUUACAGCCUUCUUGAAGGUCGAGCUAUAUUAGCACCAAUCCUUGACGUCGUUAACUCCAUCAACGAGUACAUGAGUGAUUUGCAUACUGGGGAUAGUAGGACGUACAACAGCUGUGAUAGUGUGUGUAAAUCAGACUCAAAUGGCAACUUACUUGAUGAUGUGCACACUCAUGAGUUUCUAAAUGGUAUAAGGGCAUCCGGCAUUCCAAACCAUUCUUUGACUCUAAAGGUCGAGUCACCUGUUAUGUUGUUGAGGAAUAUAGACCAUUCACGUGGACUAUGCAAUGGAACUAGGUUGGUUAUUACGAAGUUAGCAGAUCACGCUAUUGAAGGCAAGAUUAUGUUUGGAAACAAUGCAGGAACCAAAGUGUUGGUCCCUCGAAUGACUAUGACACCAUCGGAUCCGAGAUUACCUUUCAAAUUCCAAAGAAGACAGUUUCCUUUAAUAUUGUCAUAUGCAAUGACAAUUAACAAGAGUCAAGGGCAAACACUAUCACACGUUGGCUUACUUUUAAAGAAACCGGUUUUUGUUCAUGGUCAAUUGUACGUUUCUGCUUCUAGGGUGAGCAAUCCAAACGGAUUGAAAUUUUUUAUUUGUAAUGACUCGAACAAUGUUAGUACGUCAACUACUAACGUUGUUUACCAUGAAGUGUUUAAUAAUGUGUAA